AUGUUCGGCGGCAGUGGAGGCAGCGGGGCUUACGGGGGAGACUGCGCUGAUGGCUACGGGCUGGGCUACGUGGCGGGCGGUGGCAGACUGCAGCAGUAUGCGCACUUCGCGCCGCACCAGACCUGGCACCACCACGCCGCGCAUCAUGACACCUAUGCUGGAAGCAGCGGUGUAGGAGCCGUCGGCGGAGUGGGCUCGGUAGCUGGAGGACUGUAUAGUCAGAAUAUGGUGAUGGGUUCCUGGUGCGCGCCGUACGACGCGCUGCAACGACCGCCGGCUUACGAUGGCGUGCUGGAGCCGUACGAGGAGGGUCGCGAGUGCGUGAACUGCGGCGCUAACAACACACCGCUGUGGCGGCGCGAUUCCACCGGGCACUACCUGUGCAACGCCUGCGGGCUCUACCACAAGAUCAACGGCGUCAACCGCCCGCUCGUGAAGCCGAGCAAGCGGCUGUCGGCGGCGCGCCGGCACGGCCAGUGCUGUACUAACUGCGGGUCGCGCAACACGACGCUGUGGCGACGCAACAAUGACGGCGAGCCCGUCUGCAACGCCUGCGGCCUCUACUACAAGUUGCACGGCAUCAACAGACCUUUGGCUAUGAGAAAAGAUGGGAUUCAGACAAGGAAACGAAAGCCGAAGAAGUCAUCGAACGGUGUAAAACCGCCGCAGGAAACUUCCAAGAAAGACGGUCAGAACUCGCCGAGCAUUGAUGAGAGCAAGGCCAGCAUCACCGAGGUGGCGCUGCCCCUGACGGCGACGAUGGCGGGCCACGCGGCGGGCAAGCCCCGCGAGGCGGCGGGCCAGAUCUCGCCGCACGCGCACGCGCACACGCACACGCACGCGCACGCGCACUCGCACGCACAGAACGCGCAGUACCCGCUGGGCAUCCCCUCCGCGCCCGCCUUCCUCUCCAACCCCUCGCUGUUCAACAUCAAGAGCGAGCCCAACGCCGCCGCCGGCUACGAGGGGUACGGCUCGCACGCGACAUCGAACGGGCCUUACCACUCGCAGCAGCACUACCUGCACGCGUUGCAGUAUGGAUUAAGCAACGGAGAAGAAGAGGAAGCUAGUGGAUUCCUACAUCAGCGCAACGUGACGGCACACGCGAAGCUAAUGGCCUCGACGUAGCAGAGACCGCUUCUUAGCAAUGAACAAAGAAUGAUCUUAUAUUGAACACUACAGCAGUUCGAGUGGUGUUUUGACUAACUGUCGAUUUAAGUAACUAUGAUCUCUGCUCAGUCAGUUAAAAUAAUACAGCAGUGAGCAGUAUUAGACCUAUCAAGGUAUUACUCUUACACGUAUGGGAACUAUCGAGGAUCAUACUGUACGAGUUUAAAACUGUAGAGUUAUUAAUAAUUGUUUUAGCUAUGUAAUAGGAGCACUGUACGACUCGGUAGUAAAGACUAGUCAUUUGUAAUGUCUAGUUCGAUAUUGCGGUGUCAUCAUUUUUGUAUGUAUAAAUUUUAACUUGGUACUACUAUAAUGAUAGGAAAAAGAUAGAUAUUAAUAUACUUAGACUGUAAAUAUAUUUAAGUUAAGUUUCGACUGAAUAGUAGUCAUCGCUGUGUAUUUAUAUCGGGGCUAUGUAGCGUAAAAUAGUUUGGAAUUUUGUUAUCGUUUGUUUGUACAAUCUUGUUAGGAUACAUCGUGUAAACCUUGCCAUUUUGUGUUAAUUUAUAGUUUAAACAAUAAAUAGAACUACAGUCGACUCUCUUUAAUUCGAAACUCAGGGGACUCGAAAAAUAUUACGAGUUAUCGAAUGUUCGAAAUAUCAAAUGGUUCGAAAUUUUUGAGAGAAAAUAAAUAAAACUUCGUUAAUUA